AUGGCUAGAAACCAAGUACGUCUUUUUGCAUCACAGUUGGCCACCAAUAAGAUCCCUACAAUCAAAAAUGAGCUGGUAAAGGAUUUUUGUUUCAAAGACGAAAAGGACUGGGAUUUGUUGAGAGCAGCUAUCACCAAGUUCUCAGACGAAACCUUGGCUAUUCCAUUGGUUAUCAAUGGGCAGAAAGUGUACCGUACUGAGACCAAGACACAAGUAAAUCCAGCCAAGCACGGCCAGAUCCUUGCUGAUGUGUCUCAAGCUACUGCCGAAGAUAUCCAGGCCGCAAUUGCUGCUGCUAAAGCUGCAAAAAAGCAGUGGGCUGCAACACCUUGGACAGAUAGAGCUGCUGUGUUUUUGAAAGCUGCUGACUUGAUUUCAACCAAAUACCGUUACGAUAUGUUGGCCGCUACUAUGUUGGGCCAGGGAAAGAAUGUUUACCAGGCUGAAAUCGACAGUGUCGCUGAGCUCAUUGAUUUCUUCAAGUUCAACACUAAGUAUGCUGAAGAGUUGUAUGCCUCUCAACCAGCAGAAACAUCGCCAGGUGUAUGGAACAGAGCCGAGUACAGACCUUUGGAAGGUUUUGUAUACGCUGUUACUCCCUUCAACUUCACAGCUAUUGCUGCCAACUUGGUUGGUGCCCCAGCCUUGAUGGGUAACACUGUAGUGUGGAAACCUUCUGCUACAGCAGCAUUGUCCAACUACCUCUUGUUAACAAUUUUAGAGGAAGCCGGAUUGCCCGCAGGUGUGAUUAACUUCAUUCCUGGUGACCCUGUAGAGGUCACGGACUUAGUUGUCAAUGAUAGUGAGUUCGCUGCCUUACAUUUCACUGGUUCUACCGACGUGUUCAAAGGUUUGUACUCUAAAAUUUCUAACAAUGUUGCUGCUGAUAAGUACCGUGACUUUCCAAGAAUUGUGGGUGAAACUGGAGGUAAGAACUUCCACUUGAUCCACCCUUCUGCUUCUUUGGAACACUCUGUAUUGUCUUCUUUGAGAGGUGCCUACGAGUACCAGGGUCAGAAAUGUUCCGCCUUGUCUAGGUUGUAUGUUCCGGAAUCAUUGUGGCCCAGGUUCAAGGAAGAAUUUGUAGGAGCCAUGAGCCAGAUUCAGAUCGGUAACACUUCUUCUACUGACUCGUUGAACUUCUUCAUGGGUCCUGUGAUUCACGAACAAUCGUUUGACAAGUUGGCUGCUGCCAUUGAACAGGCUAAAUCUGAUCCUGAGUUGACGAUUGUACAAGGAGGAUCCUAUGAUAAGACAAAUGGCUUCUAUGUUCAACCAACGUUGAUUCAGACAUCCAACCCGGAACACGAAUUCUUGAAGAGAGAGUUCUUUGGUCCAGUAUUAACCACUUACGUGUAUCCUGACGCCAAAUAUGAACAAAUCAUCGACAGCAUCGACAAGGUCAACAAAUAUGGUUUGACCGGGUCAGUUUUUGCCAGAGACCGCAGUGCUAUUAGACUUGCUGAAGAGAAGUUGAGAUACAGUGCUGGUAACUUCUACAUCAAUGACAAGUGUACGGGAGCCGUUGUGGGCCAGCAAUGGUUCGGUGGUGCCAGAGCCUCUGGUACCAACGAUAAGGCUGGCAGUGGUAACAUCUUGACCAGAUUCGUUUCUGUCAGAAAUGUCAAGGAGAACUUCUACGAAUUGACUGACUUCAAGUAUCCUUCCAACUAUCACUGA